CCCACUUUUCACCCUCUCUCACACACGCUUCUUCCCUCCCACCACCUUCACUCCAACCCAUCCUUGCCGCCGUCCUCUCUCACUUUCUCCAUUUCCACUCAAGCGACCUCCUCGCUCCCAACUCGAUCCACGACCCGCGACGUUUGCCUUCACCACGGCCGGCCACCCUUCUCGCAUCUACACCCUCGCAUCGACUAUAUACACCUCGCCGGUUACGCACCGCUACAAACACCAACAACCUUAUAUAAUACGUGUGUAUACAACGUAUAUAAAGACAUUUUAAGGCGGCUUUCUUCUUUUAUGUAACAAAGUGUUUGUUUUUGCUGCCAUCGUCGAGAGUUCGAUCCCAGAUAAGAACCACCUCUACAACAACACCACGACCACCACCAUUACGAAGCAAUGUCGACAGACUGCAGUGAACAGGCCAUGGGCCCCGGCGACACUGACUUGGACAGGGAGCAACUGGCCGGAGAAACCCACGACCCUCCGGUGACCAACUGGACAACAGAAGUAAGACAGAGCUGGGGCAAAAAGCUGGAGUUUGUGUUGGCCUGCAUCGGAUAUUCGGUCGGCCUCGGCAACGUUUGGCGAUUCCCCUACCUCAGUUACUCCAGUGGCGGAGGUGCCUUUCUCAUCCCUUUCUUCCUAAUGUUGAUCAUUUGUGGAAUCCCUUUGAUGUACAUGGAACUAGCCAUCGGUCAGUAUACGCGGCAAGGCCCUAUCGGAGCCAUUGGCAAGCUCUGUCCAUUUUUUAAAGGUGCCGGCCUAGCUACAGUCGUCGUCUCCUACCUGUUCACCACCUACUACAACAUCAUCAUCACCUGGUCGUUCUACUACCUGUUCAACACCUUCACCUCCCUCAUGCCGUGGACCCACUGUAAUCACACCUGGAGCUCUCCCACCUGCUGGGACUCGGGGUCGGUCAACACCACUGCACCCAAUGACACCAUCUCACCCACUGAGAACUUCUUUAUGAACUCCCUACUCCAGAAAACUCCUCGAAUGGAAGAACAGGGAGUAAUCCGAUGGGAACUGGUGCUCCUGUUAAUGUUAUGUUGGCUGCUUGUAUAUUUCUGUAUCUGGAAAGGUCCCAAGUCCACUGGCAAGGUCGUUUAUGUCACUGCCAUCUUCCCAUACAUCGUGCUCUUCAUCCUGUUGAUCCGAGGAGUAACUCUGCCAGGGGCCAAGGAAGGGAUUCUGUUCUUCAUUAAACCGAAAUGGUACCAACUUGCGGAUGCUAAAGUAUGGAUGAACGCAGCCAUCCAAAACUUCAACUCCCUCGGCAUAGCAUUUGGUGGACUCAUAACGAUGUCCAGCUAUAACAAGUUCAGCAACAACAUAAUUAAGGAUGUCAUUUGUCUUGCACUAAUCGAUGCCUUCACUUGUAUCAUGGCCGGCUUUGCCAUAUUCUCCAUCUUGGGUGCGUUAGCUGUGUCCCAGGGCAAAACGGUGGAAGAUGUUGUGACUGAAGGGCCUGGUCUCGUGUUUAUCAUUUAUCCGCAAGCUUUCUCAGAAAUGCCAGUGGCACAGCUGUUUGCGUUCUUGUUUUUCCUCAUGCUCAUCUGCCUUGGGAUCGACAGCCAGUUCGCUGGUGUCGAGGUGGUCGUCACGGCCCUACAAGAUCAUUUUGCCCCCCAAAUCAAGAAAUACCUGAAAAGGAAGGAACUUCUCGUCCUUCUCGUUUGUCUGCUUUCCUUUCUUGGUGGACUUCCGAAUGUCACUCAGGGUGGUAUUUACUUCUUCCAGUUAAUCGACAGGUAUGCUGCUGGGGUGUCUGUCAUGUACCUGGCGUUCUUCGAAGUUAUUGCUGUCACCUGGUUCUAUGGGGCCAAACGUCUUGGGAGAAACAUACAAGAGAUGACAGGCAAUGCUCCCUCGUUUUUCUUCAUCCUUUGUUGGUACUACGUCUCUCCUCUCUUUAUAUUGGCUAUUUUGAUCUUCAGUAUGAUCCAGUACUCGGACCUGGAAGUGGGUGGCUACGUCUACCCGAAAUGGGCAAUAGGCAUUGGAUGGUUCAUUACUUCUUUGUCCCUCGUUUGUAUCCCUUUGGGCAUGAUUGAUGCUGUCUACAAUUCUAAAGGGAACAACUUGUGGCAGAAGUUCCGCAACUCUCUAACCUCGCCCAUCAUGGAGGAAAGCACGACCAUGGAACUGUGCAACAAAGAGAGGUCUCGUCCAAACUUGGACACACUGAAAGCUUCAACGAUGUGAAGUGUGGGCUUUCAUGCCCUUCUAUUUUUCUUUCUUGUUAUAU